GAUGCCCACGGAUGGGCAUGGUACCGCCCACGCCCAACAUGGAUCGAGGCCGCACCCCUCCCCCUCCUCAAAGCCCUCAAGGAGAACACUGUGCACAUGCUCCUCCUCCGCAGCGGGGACGAGUACGUGUGCGUUCUCCCAGUUUCCAGCGACACGGCGCUCGCCAACCUCUCCCGCGCGGCCAACGGCCUCGUCAUCAACGUCCGCGGCGCAAGCCGCUCCCAGCACGGACGCGCCGCGGUCGUUUCCACGCGCACGCACGACCCCCGAUACAUUUCAGCGCUGUGCGCCGCCGCUGUCGCCGAGGCGCGCAAGUGGCUCAUGGGCGCCGACGUCAAAUACCGCCCCUCGAGCCCAAGUCCCCUCGACGGCGUCGGUUUCUGCACGUGGAACGCCCUGCACGAGGGUAGCGCUGAUGCGGGCCGCAAUGUCGACGAAAGCGGUAUCCGCCACCUCGUGGACACGCUCGUCAGUUCCCGGCUUCCGAUACAGACAUUUGUGAUCGACGACGGGUGGCACGACCGACGGCAUUUCCGGGAUAGGUCGAGCGAGGCCGACCGGCGCCGCGGGCUGUGGAGCUUCGGCGCCAAGCCGGAAAUUGGAGAGGGAGGGAUGAAGGGCAUCGUCACCAUGGUCAAGGACAAGCUUGGGCGUGUCAAAGGCGUGAGGAAGGUUGAGGUUGGCGCUUGGCUUGCGCUCACCGGCGGAUACUGGGACGGGGUCCACCCCGAGUCGCCGCUCGUGGAGCGGUACGAAUGCAAGAAGUAUCCUGCGUCGCGGCAGUGGUGGCUCGGGUGCGCUGAAGAUCCACUCGAGCCGAACCACAUACCCCACGGCGAGUCAUUUUACGUCCUUCCCCCGCCUGAACGCGCCGCCGAGUUCUGGGGUGACUGGUUCACCCAGCUGCGCGACGCCGGUAUCUCCUUUCUCAAAGUGGACAACCAAGCGGGCGUCACAUCUCUGGAUGGCAUCGAUGGCGUGCACGAAGCCCUAUACCUCUGGGAGACCAUGUAUGCCGCCGCCGAGCGCAUCUUUGGGCCCGGCCGCGUCAUUCACUGCAUGUCGCACAGCGAGGCAACCUGGGCGGGCCCGCAAGGACUCGGCCUCACAACGCGCGGGCAGCGCUUCGUAUGGCGCAACUCGGACGACUUCGGGCUCACAGGCCGCUCGCGGUCCGCGCACCAGCAGCACUUCUUCACCAACCUCAUGAAUGCGCUUCUCUCCAACGAGCAGUGCACCGUGCCGGACGCGGACAUGUUCAUGCUAGGGCAGCAGCAUCCAGACACGCACGCCCUGCUGCGCGCGCUCUUCCCCGGCCCUCUCCUCUUUUCUGACCCGCCGGGCGAUCCUGCUCUGCUUGAAUGGCACGCAUUGCAGCAGCGCACGCUCCUCUCUCGCCUCACCGCGAAGGACAAGGGCGGCAUCGCGCGCGUGCUUAGGGCGCAGCGCGCCGCCGCGCCUCUGUCCCGCCGCGUGCUGGACACAAACAUCCUCGACUACGAGGAUGGGACCGGGCAGUGGGCCGCGGCACCCGUGGGCCCACAUGUCAUCCUGGGCUGCUGGAACGUUCGGGGCGGGUACGACCGGCCGUGCUCCGUGUUCGAUGACCUCACCGUCGAGGACGUUGAGGACGCGAUCGGAGGAGAUAUCGACGCGCACUACAUUAUCGUGCGCAUGGGCGUCCACGGGGGAGGUUUCCUCGGCACGACGGUGCUCUCUCCCGGCGACAGGGGCGUGGUGUGUCGCAUCGACAGCCUUUCCAUGCUGGACGCCGCGAGCUUCUGGAUCAUGCGGACAGUGCCUCUUGCCAUCGGCCCCGUGGCUGUUCUCGGCCUCAUCAACACCAUGGCGGGACCUGCUGCGCUCGACGGCUUCACGGCUGAUUCUGACUCCGUGACUGUGCGCGUCAAGUACGCGGGGGUCGUCGGGAUCGUCCUCAAGUCGCGGCACAUGCCCAAAGCUUGGGCGCUGAUUGACGACAGCCCGCAGGUCGAGACGGUCGGCAUCACG